AUGGUCCUGAUGAGAGUGAUGCUGUCGGUGUCCCUCUGCCUGCUGCUGGCGUCCGUUAUCUCGGGCUGUGGACCGGGCAGGGGAUACGGGAAGCGAAGGCACCCCAAGAAGCUGACACCGCUGGCUCUCAAACAGUUCAUUCCCAACGUGGCAGAGAAAACCCUGGGAGCCAGCGGCAAGUACGAAGGAAAGAUCACCCGCAACUCGGAGAGGUUCAAGGACCUGACUCCCAACUACAACCCCGAUAUUAUUUUUAAGGAUGAGGAGAACACCAACGCCGACCGGCUCAUGACACAGAGGUGUAAGGACAAACUGAACUCUUUGGCUAUUUCAGUCGUGAAUCAGUGGCCCGGGGUUAAACUUCGGGUGACAGAGGGCUGGGAUGAGGACGGCCAUCAUUCUGAGGAGUCUCUGCAUUACGAGGGCCGAGCGGUGGACAUCACCACCUCAGACCGAGACAAGAGCAAGUACGGCAUGCUGUCAAGGCUGGCUGUGGAGGCGGGCUUCGAUUGGGUCUACUAUGAGUCCAAAGCCCACAUCCACUGCUCUGUGAAAGCAGAAAACUCUGUGGCAGCAAAGGCAGGAGGUUGCUUCCCUGGUUCAUCCACAGUGAUCCUGGCAGAUGGAGGGACUAAACCACUGAAGGAGCUUGAGGUGGGGGACAAGGUGCUGGCUGCUGACCAACAAGGAAAUCUUGUUCUCAGUGAUUUUCUUAUGUUCAUGGACCAGGACCAAAAGAUUGAGCGAGAGUUCCAUGUCCUGGAGACCGACAAGCCACACCGCAGACUGACACUGACUGCAACUCACCUUGUCUUUGUUAUGAACAACAACAGUACCAACAGCAGUGAUAUUAUGGCUGUAUUCACCAGUAAGGUAAAAAUAGGACAGCGGCUUCUUGUUGUUGGGAAUGAACAGCCAGACCACCUCAUCCCUGCUAGAGUGACAAGAGUUUUUGUAAAGCAGCAUGAAGGGUCCUAUGCACCUGUAACAUCUCAUGGAACCAUCAUAGUUGACCAGGUUUUGGCAUCCUGCUAUGCGGUAGUUGAGGAUCACAACCUUGCACACUGGGUUUUUGCCCCAGUUCGCCUUUGGUGCUCAUUCUUGUCACUGGUUGGGCUCAGCAGUGUUCACCAUGCAGAUGGCGUCCACUGGUACCCUGAGCUCCUCUACCAUGUGGGGAGAUGGCUAAUGGACAGCAGUUCUUUUCAUCCACAAAGCUGA